AUGAGGGCUACAUGUCAUACCUCGAAUGUACAGCAGCGUUUCUACAGCGGAUUUCUGUCUCUAUCACAUAUAGUUGUGAUUGUGCUUUGGGUUCUUGCAUUUGCUUUGCCUUUAUUCCUGGCUCUAGGAUCACGAGAAUUUGUCCUGCAAACUAAUUCGUAUCAAGAACAGCCUGUCAUCAAAUCAAUGAAUCAAGUUCUCUGUAUACUUGAAGGUGAACGAGCGAAGCAGCCGUUGACUCUAGUACACACGACUUUCCCAGAGCACAUCCAAAGGCUUUUUAUAAAAAAAAAAAACGAAAGCUUACAGGCUGCUCGAGUCAAGACUUCUAGUAUCGAUGACAAUUCAGACGGAAUUGCUGAGUCAAUUUGGAUCGAGAUCGCCAUGCCGCUCUCGGUCAGCGAUGUCAUUCGACAAGCAACUGUAGUAGUUGUGCUUGAUUACAAGCUGGAAAACUACGCUAAGCUUAAUAUGGACGUGAUGGUAGUAUUCAGUCAUUCUUCUCUGAAUACAGGAGACACAUUGGACAUUGACGGCGAUCUUGAUCUACACCAACGAAAUGCACUCAAGAUCACCGAUAGCAUACAACAGCCAUACAUCACUUCGCCGAUUGUAAACAUGACAACGACAGACACAACGCAAGAACAGCUUGUGCAGUCUCUUUAUAGCGAGUAUCGAAAGCGAAAUUAUACCGCGUAUUUGCACGUUCCAUUUCCUGUUUGGAAAGUUGCCUCGAAUACGUCAGAAGCCGAAAGAAUGUUUCGAGUUAGCAUGACUAUCCGUAACGACAAAGUGAACGUCGUAUACACUCCAGAGUGGCCAGAAAUAGUAAAGCAUGCUUGGAUUCAGUACUACUGCAUCUUUAUAUUUGUUUCAACACUCAUCUUUGCUAUACGUGAGUAUCUAUUCAAGCACAAGCUACUCUCCAGCGUUUGCAUCGUCGACGAAACUCGAAGAGGAUUCAACAAGUACAUAUAG